CCUGUGAGAGUGACAACCUGAGGAGGCAGCUUGACUUCGAAACGGACCUCCCAAGUGCCGUCGGGCAGUUAUUUUCUCUCUCGGCAGAUGACUGCACAGACCCACACACACACACACACACUCACGAUUGUGCGCCUCACAAGCCUGUGCACGCCAUAUGAGAGUUGGUUGGUACCUAGCGGCUGGUUGGGCUCCAGGGCGAUGUUGUAGGUGGUCUGGAAAUACUGGGCAAUGGUCCACUCGCGGUCGGCUUUGUCUGUGAAUGUGGUGCUCGGGCUCUGGCCAAAAUCGAUCUGGUCGACAGGGAGGACAGCAAAGCCGAAUGAGGCUCAGGAAUGCUCGCGGGCUGCUGUAUCUCUGUUUCGUGGCAUUAACCUCGUCAAUGCGAUAAAGCUUGCGAUCACGAUUGCCCGCCGGACCGCUCGCCUGUAGAAUGAGUGGACAUAGAAAAACGGCAGAUGGACGCACCGACGAUCUGCAGGCGGAUCGGCUUACGUAUGAGGUGAUGAUGCGUCGGCCCUGAAACUCCUCGUUGAUCGCGGGCGCCAACCGGUCCAUCGAGAGGUUCGAGUUGUUCUGUAGGGCCACGAACACACCAACACACCCAGCAAUACACACGAAGUGUCGUCCCGUCGCUCCCCUUCCCACCUGUCUCUCUUUGAGGACGUCCAGCAGCGUCCGGUUGUGCAGAAUGCGAUGGGUGCAGUCCAGCUGCACACACGUGUCCACACACGCAUGCCGUCCUCUGUUCUGCCUACCCCCUGACCUGGCUAAAGUACCUGGAUGUAGAGGGCCCCGCCCAGCUGGAGGGUAGAGGAGAAGAACCCAGGCAGCAACACAUAGCCCCCGCCGACAUUCAACACGCCCUCCCGCACAUCCCGCGCAGCCGUGUCGGACACCAUUUCGGUCAUGAACGAGUGGCGGCCGAUCAUCUGGAGCUGCACCAUACACACAAUACACACACGAGAACAGGGGAGGGUCAGAGUGCCAGUCGGUUGGGCCCUCGUGUGGGUGUGUAUACGUGUGGGGUAUGUGCUCACGUGCAGGGCGCCCAUUGCGCGCUUCAAAGCUACGUUCAAGUAUUGGGUCUCCUCCUGAGAGAGGCCUCGCGGAUCGAAGUUGAGGGACCGUUGGAAUGCCAGCUGAAUGACCUGGGGAGCUUCCUCCUGCGUGCAGAACACACCAAUGCACCGAAAUAUGCCAUACAUCAGGUGUGCCUGUGAUCAGCUUACAUUGGCUCUUGGUAACUGAAUGGUCACGUUUCUGUUCGUUGCCUCACGCACAUAGACGUUCAUGCCCUGGAACAGCAGCACGCUGCCGUCAGGGGCGCCCAAACGAUUGAGAAUCUACACAGUCCGCAGACAGAAAGACGCACGACAAAUCGCGACCACUCCCAUGCUGUUGCGUCCUUGCUUGCCCGCUCCCUCCCUCCCUCCCCGUCACCCCCCCUGCAGCCCACCUACCUCAGUAGCGUUCUGCUCGAGCAUCCGUCGCUUCAGCCCCACCGAAUCCACCUCAGGAUCCCAUACGGCGCUGUACACCUGGAUGCGGAAAUCAGGCUCCAGGCUGACGCUGUACAUGUUGGUUUCGGCGCCGAUGGGCUGUUCACACACACAAACACAAAGGCAGAAGAGAAGAUGCCCCUUGUCUGUUCGCGUGUGUGGAUGUGUGGGAUGUGUUGUGUGUUGCGCGUGCGUGUGUACCUGGCCCACAGUUCCGAAGCGAGGUCGCUGCACGAGAGCCAUGGUGAGGGGAAAUGUGUCGUGCUUUCUUCCCUCUCUGCCCCUCGGCCUUUAUUCCUACUACAGGGUCAGAUCCUCGUGAUUUGCCCGGGGCAAAGCACGAUCGCCUGAACGUGAAGCGGGGCGAAGAACUACAAAUCAGGCAGGCGGCAAACGGCAGGCCCCUG